GGGCAGAUGAUCCAGUCAAUGUCAUAUUUUCACACUCAGUGCAGAUUCCCGAUUCGCGAGUCAAUAAUCACAACUUUGAUAUUUGAAUGGCAAAAUGAAGGGCUGAUGUAGGAAAGGACUCGCGUGUGCGUGCGCUGCUAAAGAAAAGGCAGAGGGGAGCAGCGCGGGGCCCUGUGCGGAGAGGGCUGCAGCGAAUCAGCGCCACAGACACUGCAGCGCGCAGCGGGCUGUCACCUCCCCUCCGCCGAGCUGUCAUUUGACAGCGGCACACAUGAACCCACAGUGCGGCAGACGGAGUCGGUGGCCACCCGCAGACCGUGCGCCCCAGACAUCUGCUCCGCGGCGUUUGAACACGAACGGCGCAAGAACAUGACAGGAGGCGCGCCGACCUCUGCGGACUGACCACGAACGCGUCGCAGGCGAGCCGCGUGCUAAAGUUGCUAGCUUAGCGUUGAGAGUUAGCCCGCAGGCUAAGUGGCAGCUAGCUGGCGAGCGGAGUCCUGCUUUGUGCCGUCCGCUCGCAGGAGAAGGUCGGAGCGACUCGCGUUAGCUGGCAGUCAAGAGCGUUCAGUUUGCCACUCCGCUCCAGUAACGUGUCAUCUUCCUUACUGUUUCCUCAUAGUUAGAUUUUCGUUCCCCCCUUCACGUUUUGUUUUAUUUAUUUUUUUUUUUUUACCGUUUUACACGUUCAAAAAAUUUCCCGAAAUUUCCCGCUGGGUGUUUUGCUAGCUAGCCAGCUAGCCGGUCGGCUUUGCCAACGCCAGCCCAGUGAGAGCUCCCUCGCGGGGGGCGCGGAGUGCUCCGGGCGGGUCGAGGAAGGAAGAGAGGGGACUUGUGAUGUGGGCUGCGGGAAGCGGCGGUAUGUUGGGCGAAGGAGAGCAGCGGUGUUAACUUGAUGCGGGGGCGGGGGGCUCGUACUCAUCCUUGUCGAGGUUAGGGCCAUCGAGCUGCGUUGGGCGUCGGAUGAAGACAAUACUCGGGCCACUUUGAUUUGCGAGCAGCCCGAAUGAAUAGCGGCGGCGUCAGUGAAUCGUGAGCCGGUGUUCGCGGUGCCAGCUCCGAGCGAGGGGAGGAGAACUCUGUCGAGAUCAUCGCACAGACUUGCGCCAAACCAGCCAGUUCGCGUUAAGAUGGCUUCGGCGAGCAGCAUCGCCGCAUCCAUUGCGAGCAAAACGAAGACCAAGAAGAAGCACUUCGUUGCCCAGAAAGUGAAGCUCUUCCGUGCCAGCGACCCUCUGUUCAGCGUGCUCAUGUGGGGAGUCAACCAUUCGAUAAAUGAGUUAAGCCAUGUUCAGAUUCCCAUCAUGCUCAUGCCAGACGACUUCAAGGCCUAUUCUAAGAUCAAAGUGGACAACCACCUCUUCAAUAAGGAGAACAUGCCCAGCCAUUUCAAGCUCAAGGAGUACUGCCCUCUGGUGUUUCGAAACCUCCGAGAGAGGUUUGGCAUCGAUGAUCAGGACUUCUUGAACUCUCUGACACGUAGUGCUCCCUUGAACAGUGAGGCCCAGGGACGGAGUGGGGCCCGCUUCCACACCUCUUAUGACAAACGCUACGUCAUCAAGACCAUCAGCAGCGAGGAUGUGGCGGAAAUGCACAACAUUCUAAAGAAAUACCAUCAGUUUAUUGUGGAGUGCCAUGGCAACACACUCCUGCCUCAGUUUCUGGGGAUGUACCGACUCACCGUGGACGGAGACGAGACCUACAUGAUUGUUACGCGCAAUGUUUUCUCCCACCGCCUUUCUGUCUACAAAAAAUACGAUCUCAAGGGUUCCACUGUGGCAAGAGAGGCCAGCGACAAGGAGAAGCAGCCGCCCCCACCAGAGGAUGUGCCCGCGCGGCCCAAAUCUGGUAACGUUCAGCAAAGGCUGCAAACACUGCGGAUUGCCACGCGCUUUUACUGCGCCAUGAAACACGUAAGAGAUGCCAAGGAGCUGCCCACUUACAAGGACAAUGACUUCAUCAAUGACGGGCAGAAGAUCUACAUUGACGGGGAGAACAAGAAGAUGUUCCUGGAGAAGCUCAGGAAAGAUGUGGAGUUCCUGGCCCAGCUGAAGCUCAUGGACUACAGUCUGCUGGUGGGGAUCCACGAUGUGGAGCGAUCCGAGCAGGAGGAGGUGGAAAGCGAGGACAACGAUGCCGAGGAGGAGGGGGAGAGCGACGGAGGGGGCAUUGGGACGCCCCCCGACAGCCCCAGCAACACCCUGGACAGCACCAAGCCUCUGUUGCCGGGAGAGUUCGAUCCCACCAUUGACGUCUACGCCAUCAAAAGCAAUGACGGUGCUCCCAGGAAGGAGGUUUACUUCAUGGCUAUCAUAGACAUCCUGCAGCAUUAUGAUGCCAAGAAGAAAGCUGCCCAUGCCGCCAAGACUGUCAAACACGGGGCCGGAGCAGAGAUCUCCACGGUGAACCCAGAGCAGUACUCCAAGAGGUUUCAUGAUUUCAUAACCAAUAUCCUGUCAUAGUCUCCAGGAGUGACAGGGAAGCACAGUGGCACAUGGGGGGUGGGGGUGGGGGGGUUAGUAGAAAAGUGACGGAGAGGGAAAACCAUGGAGAGGCUGAAUCAAUAAGGUGCUGUGAUGGCUUUGUCUCGCUCUCCCUCAUCCAUCCUCCUCAUCCCUCAUGUUUCUCACUCUCUCUCAGAGGGGGGGUGGUUCGCUCUGCAGCUAAAAAAAAACAACAACAACCCAUCAUUCGUUUACAUUGAACCUCUCCUCGGUUGAGUUUUGUCCACGUGUUACUUUGGAUGAUAAGGGUGUUGAAAGCAAGUGUUCAAGUCAUUAUGUAUUUUUUUUUUUUGAUAUCGUGUUUUGUCUGUGGUUGUUUAUGUGGGAAUAUGGCUUUUUUUUUAUUGCCUCUAACAUAACAUCCGGCACCCUGCAAUUUUUCGAACUAUUUUAGAGAUAUACAAAUAUUGAUGUUGGUAAUUGUCUUUCCUUUGCGAGAUCAGAUGACGGCACAAGGUUCCUCUAGUGGAGAGAAAGCUUGAGUGGGAUAUAGUAAAAAAAAAAAAAAUGAAAUGUUGAGCCUCGCCUAAUGCAAUUGCUUUAUUUCAGGAAGUAGGACGCAGUCUUCCAAUAGGCAGCCAACAGAUCCCCCCCCGAAUGCUAUACAGGCACUCAGCCAAACAAAUUUUCCUCUUUUGGUUCCUCCUCCUCCUCCGUCAUUCAUAGUCUGUUCCUAUCCUCCGCGUUCCUUCGUGUGUACAGAUGAUGAACUGAGCUUCUGGGUUAUCCUCUCGCCACACAGUCAAACCGACACUUCUCAUUAGGGGAAUUUCACUCGUUCACAACAAAUUGAAACAGCAUUCUGUCCCUUUUUGCUUCGUCGUGACGUACAGCGAUUUACAGUCUGACAGAGGUAAAGAUGCUUCAAAUGAGGAGCAGGGGAGCUUCUCUUUAGUGUCGUUCACUCGGAAUAUGUUGGGCAUUGUUAGUUAGCCAGUGUUUCUGUUCCCUGUGACAGGGCAGCAACCAGAAGUCCUGUGUGGCUGUGGAGAGAAAGUCGCUCCUCAAAACACCAGCGGCCCUCAACGUUUUGUUGCCAUCAACACCUUAUAAGUAAAAUAGAAAAAAAAAUUUAAAUGUUGCACUUUUAUGUUGUUAGAGGUUGGGCUCUCUUCUGUUACACGCGCUGCAACAAGGAGGAAAAGGAACUAGGCUCUCGUAGAAUUGAAUCUCAGAAGCCUGACGUCAAACCCUGUCUCCUCUGUCGGCUCUCGCCAACGGGUGCAACUCACUGGGGUUGUUCGGGAGGAAUUUACCGCUAUUGCCAGGGACGAAACGUGGGUGAAUUGUUUACAGGGCAUUUGUAAAUUCACCUUUCCAAUCCUCUAUGGAAGUUGUUCUGUGGCAGCGGCGCCGUGGCAGGUUUUGGGACCAGGCAACAGUGCGAUUGUGACUGUGCAUUCAGGGCAAACAUAAGGCAGUUUACCUCCAACAAAUCGUACCAGCACACACCCAGUGAUGGCGAACGGUGUGUGUGUGUGUGUGUGUGUGUGUGUGUGUGUGUGUGUGUGUGUGUGUGUGUGUGUGUGUGUGUGUGUGUGUGUGUGUGUGUGUGUGUGUGUGUGUGUGUGUGUGUGUGUGUGUGUGUGUGUGUGUGUGUGUGUGUGUGUGUGUGUGUGUGUGUGUGUGUGUGUGUGUUCAAAAGUUGUAUGGUGGGAAAAGAAUGGGGGAGGGGGAGGUUGGAAAGAGUAUCUGCAGAUGUAAAGAUGCGUGUUGUUGAGUCAUCAUCGCUCUCUUCUCUAACCUCAGCCGUGAGUCUGUUACUCACUGUUGUUGUCAUGUGUUGUUGUUGUUGUUGUUGACAACGUUUUUUUUAAAGGUGGUUUAUCUGUGUUUGAAUUUGGCAGUUGUGAAUUGAUGUGGUAAUAUUUUUUUUCGUGUCAGUGGUAGGUUUGUUUGUAUUUUUGUAUAUUUUGCACAAGAGGAAAGGAACCAAAUGUUACGAAUCUGAUCCCAAUUAGUUGAAACGGUCUUAACAAGGGAAAUGCAAUAUACUUGUGAGUGAGUAAAGUUUGUUGUGCGCUUGACGUUGUGUAUCACCUCUCGGUAACCAACUAAAACAAGUGACGUCGUCCUCCUUGACUAUUCUUACCCAUGCAAAAAGCUUCCACUGCAAUAUGUUUGCUUGGAUAUCAUAGAAUAUAUUCACAUUUAUAUUUUUACAUUGGAUUUUAGUCAUGAAAUAUAGUUGUAUUUAAAAAAAAAAAAGAAAAGAAAAGGAGCCACCCGUGGGAAUGAAUGCUGGUGCUGUGGUAAAUGAAGAAUGAUUGUGCUUGAAUUUAUACAAUGCUUAGUGUAGAUGUACCUCGAAAAAGAAAAAAAAGUUGUUAAAAACUUGCAUGUCACAGGACUAAACUUCCUUCGCCCUCUAGUGUGUGUUGUCGGCAGUUCAGGUUCUCUCGUGUCUCCACUUUACCCACAUUCGUGAGCCGUGUUCAGUGAUAAAUAGUCCUCACCAUGCUUUAAAUAACUGUGUUUCAUUGUAUACACUGUGCAAGAUGUGUGCCUUUAUACUCCAAAAUCAUUUAAUUUUAUAUUUUGUAAUCUUUUUUUUUUUAAACAAAGGUAAAAGGUUAUUUUAAUAAUAGUGUGUUUACUUAAACAUGCGUUAUUUCCCACUUUGUUUUCAACCGUCUCCCAACACCCCUCUGUGUUUUCACUCAGUUCAACAAAACCAUUCAAAUGAUUGUGUUUUAACUGGCAAAAAAAUUAAUUUGAAGAUUCUGUACAUUCAGAUAAUCAUUCUAAAUAAUUCUGUGCGCGCGUGCGUGCGUGCGUGCGUACGUGUUCCGAUGGCUUCACCCGCUUCAGGGGCCCCGUCAGCAUCAUCAUCACCCGCUUACCACAGAUGCGGUCACAUUUAAGGAUUGUGAUUAUUGUUUUUAUUUUGGAUUUAUGUUUGUGUUCGUCCAAAAUUUCACUCAGUUCCAAUGCACAAGCUCCGUUCAUUUCUGAAACAUGUUCAUGUUCUCUCGCUUCCCAACUUUUUUUGUGUGUGACCCACAUCCACCUGCUUGUGGUCAGUGGGGAGGUUGUCAGCUGAUAGUCAGUGGUUCUUUGAUAUUUCUGUGUUCUGUCACUAUAAAUGGGCUGUUUUGUUGUUGAUGUUCGUAGGUUGUGUCAUAAGGAGAAAAAAAUCGGGAACGAGGGAAACACAAUCAAGUUCAAUCGAGUCUGUUCGGCCCUGGAGGCUUCCUUUAGUCAAACAUAAGCAGCAGUAGAAAACAGAGCAGUGCAUGCUGGGAGUGUUUUUUUUUUUUUUCCUUUAUCUCUGGAUUUUUUUGUGAUGAAGACAAUGUCACACUGUAAAGACAGUUGUAACACACGUGCGCUGCUGCUGUACAUUGGCAGGAAUAAGUUGUUUGCUCUCAUGAAUGAACUCCGUCACCACGUCGACCCGUCAACCCGCUGCCAGCGUUCACUUGCCAAAAAGCAUCUUUCAGCGAUCACAACUACCCCACAUGAGCUUGAAGAGCAAGAGUUUUUUCUGUGUAAUGUGUCUGUUUGAAUUCUACCUUUGUUGAUUUGAUUGUUUCUCUACUGGGAGAUAGUGCGAGAUGUGUGUCGCUCAUAUGUGAACAUGUCCAAAGUGUCCGUGUGGUUCAUCGAGCGUAAAAGGGAAAAAUGUAAGAAUUAACAUAUGCUCAUGACCGGAGGCCGGGACAAGGUCUGCUGAGAGGGGGACGUUUCAUUUGGCUUUUUAAAAUUGAAACUUAAACAAAUCCUUGUGGAUUUAAAUAAUGAAUUAUAAUCCAAAGAUAAGAGUUUUGAACAUGCUCAUGAGCAAGUUGAUCACACUGAAUUUUGCAUGCAAGAAGUGGAUCCAACACACAUCAGGGCCAGGAAACCUCUCCCCUGCAGGACGUUCCUCCGGCUUCACCACAGCCCUGAGUACUUAAACUAUAUACGUGUGUGUGUGUGUGUGUGUGUGUGUGUGUGUGUGUGUGUGUGUGUGUGUGUGUGUGUGUGUGUGUGUGUGUGUGUGUGUGUGUGUGUGUGUGUGUGUGUGUGUGUGUGUGUGUGUGUGUGUGUGUGUGUGUGUGUGUGUGUGUGUGUGUGUGUGUGUGUGUGUGUGUGUGUGUGUGUGUGUGUGUGUGUGUGUGUGUGUGUGUGUGUGAGAGACUAUGGUUGGUGAGCUCCCUCUCAGUGGCAGAAAGCCGACCUGAUGUUGUACAUUUAUUGUUCUUCACAUUUAUUGAUGAUAUAAUAAUAAAACACUCCAUUCCAUAAGCCUUCACUCAAACCAAUUAAAGCACUUGUUCUGCUUAACUCAGA